CACCCGUUGGUCUCAAACGUAGGUUACAAUGUUGCGCAAAUCAUAAAUCCGGCCCAGCCCACCCCGAAUCAACGCUUAGAAUAUUAGGCCCGGGCUGAAAAGCAACUUUUCACAUUACGUUUUUUUGUGGGGGCAGGAGAAUUAACGAAGAGGCAAUUCGAAUGAAUUUUGAUCACUUUUCUUUGAAUUUUUACAUAGCAAAAAGUGUGGGGAAAAAAUCAUGCUUAGAGCUCAAAAAAGCACUGACUACAGCUCAAUUCCCUGGCUAUUGAGCGCUGCUGGUGCACGAUAUUAAAUGUUGGAGGACCACCCUUGCGCGUGCGGGCUCCCAAUUGCGCAUUCGUGGAUGCCGUGAGGGCGUCAGUAACCAAAGAGAGUCGCCGUGUAGAGUAGAUCUAUAUGAUAUACAGUGUACAUCACCUCCUCGCUACAUCCUCCGCCCCGCUCAAACACCCAAACCUACAAACCCCGGCCAGGGAACGAAACACCGGUACAUAGGCGGGAGGACACCAUUCAGAAGAUCAACCCACAACUGUCAGCUUUAUCGCCGUUGAGAACACAGAUGUCUGUGUGAGACAUUGGUUGAGUCCAGAGAUACCAGAAAGAAGCUACUGACACUAAGGUUACUGCUGGAGAGGGCACACCAAUGAACACACAUCACAAAGGUACACACAGCUUAUACAGCUAUGGAGGAUUAUGCUUCAUUCAUCAUCUGCCUGGUCUCUCUGAAGUUCUACAUGGUUUGAGUGAUGGACUUGUCUAACUGUACAGAGGGGGUCUUCUCCCUGGGUGUGGGGGGUGGGGGUGGGGAGGGGGAUGGGGGUACUAUAACCCCACCAAGUAAAAUCAUCCUCACCCUCACCCUGUCCCUGCUCGCUCUCAUUACAAUGGUUAUCAAUUCCCUGGUGAUCACAGCCAUCAUCGUAACCAGAAAGUUACAUCACCCGGCCAACUACCUGAUCUGCUCUCUGGCGGUGACGGACCUGCUGGUGGCCAUCUUGGUCAUGCCCUUCAGCAUCCUCUACAUACAGAGGGAAAGCUGGGUGAUGGGCGAGGCUGUGUGUAAUGUUUGGCUGAGUGUUGACAUCACCUGCUGCACUUGUUCCAUCCUCCACCUGGCAGCCAUCGCUCUGGACCGCUACUGGGCCAUCACUGACGCAGUGGAGUACUCACGCAAACGCACCGGCCUCCGAGCUGGCAUCACUGUCGCCGUCGUCUGGUUCCUGUCCAUCCUCAUAUCCCUUCCCCCUCUGCUGUGGAGGAACCAUGGUGGGGGGCCAGAGGAGGACCAGUGUCUGAUAAUACACCACCACAUUGCCUUUACCCUCUACUCCACCCUGGGAGCCUUCUAUAUUCCCCUGCUCCUCAUCCUCAUCCUCUACUAUAAGAUCUACAGAGCAGCUCAGACUCUGUACCUCCGCAGGGGGGCCAGCAGAGCCAGCCAACACUCCUCCAUGGUCAACGGAACCACCCUCCCCUCCUGCCCCACUGACGGAGAUCACCAGAGCCCAGACACCCUGAACCCCCCGGAAAAGUCCUACUCAGACCCCUCCACGGAGGGCGACCGCGUGCGCAUCACCGUAAAAAGUCCCCAGAGCGAGUCGAGGCGGGAGCGUGAGUGUUCGUUGAGACGGCAGCGUAUCUCAGGGACCAGGGAGCGACGUGCUGCAUCUACGUUAGGACUGAUACUGGGGGCCUUCGUGGUCUGCUGGAUGCCUUUCUUCCUGAAGGAGGUGAUCGUCAACACGUGUGGCUCCUGCAACACCUCCAUAGAGCUGGCUGACUUCCUCACCUGGCUGGGGUACCUCAACUCCCUUAUCAACCCUCUCAUCUACACUAUCUUCAACGAAGACUUUAAGAAGGCCUUCCAGAGACUGGUCAGGUGUAGGCUUCGCCUCUGACACGGGCAGGGAGGACACAAAUUUGUAUUUUAUUUAACCUUUAUUUAGGCAGGGUGGAGUCCCAUUUAGACCAAGGUACCUCACACAUACAAUUAUCUGUAGGGUCCCUAAGUCGAACAGUGAAUAUCAAACACAGAUUCAACCACAAAGACCAGGGAGGUUUUCCAAUGUCUCGCAAAGAAGGGCACCUAUUGGUAGAAAACGACAUUGAAUAUCCAUUUGAGCAUGGUGAAGUUAUUAAUUACAGUUUGGAGGGCGUAUCAAUACACCCAGUCAUUACAAAGAUACAGGCGUCCUUCCUAACUCAGUUGCCGGAGAGGAAGGAAACCGUGAUUUCACCACGAGGUCAAUGCUGACUUUAAAACAGUUACAGAGUUUAAAGGUACAAUAUUCAGAAAUCACUCCACCAUUUCCUGGUUGCUAAAAUUCUAAUACUUCGCCUAAUUUCAGUUUGUGACAAAACAAGCAAUUUAUAGUGUAGAGAAUCAUUGCAACAUUUAAACCGUUGUGAAAAAUCUUUACAAUAACCAAAAUAUUAUAUUUCCAACUGUUUGAAGCUGGUGUACAUAACUGAAAGUAAAAGACGCAAAAACGAUACUUAAGAACGGGAAGCAUAGAAAUAGAACACAGAACAGAUCUACCACUUCUUACGUUUGCUUUCAAUGAGAAUGACAGUCUAUAACUCACAUUUCUAUGUGCAUUUUGUCGGGUCACCCAAAAACGUACAUAUUGAAACUUUAAUGGCUGUGAUAGGAGAAAACUGAGGAUGGAUCAACAUUGUAGUUACUCCAAAAUACUAAACUAAUUGACAGGGUGAAAAAAAGUAAGCCUGUACAGAAUACAUAUUUUUCAAAACAUGCAUCCUGUUUGCAACAAGUCACUAAAGUAAAACUGCAAAAAAUGUGGCAAAGAAAUUAACUUUACAGUGCUGUCACGGCCGUCGAAAGUGGACCAAAGUGCAGUGUGGUAAGCGUACAUUUCCUUUUAUUAUAGAAUGUCACCAACAAAACAAGAAACAAAAUAAAUGACCGUGAAGCUUCCGAGGGCUAUAGUGCCACUAACAAAGUCAACUACCUACAAUCACAGGUGGGAAAAAGGGCUGCCUAAGUAUGAUUCCCAAUCAGAGACAACGAUAGACAGCUGUCCCUGAUUGAGAACUAUAUCCGGCCAAAACAUAGAAACACAAAUCAUAGAAAUAAAGGAUAUAGAAUGCCCACCCAAAUCAGGGCGUGACAAGUGCCCUCAGAAAGUAUUCAUACCCCUUGACUUAUUUCACAUUUUGUUGUGUUAUAGCCUGAAUUCAAAAUGGAUUACAUUUUACUUACAUUUUUUUCUCACACAUCUACACACAAAAAAAACAUAAUGACAAACGAAGUAUAAACCCCCUGAGUCAAUACAUGUUAGAAUCAACUUUGGCAGCAAUUACAUUAGUGACUCUUUCUGGGUGAGUCUCUAAGAGCUUUGCACACCUGGAUUGUACAAUAUUUGCACGUUCUUAAAAAAAGUCUUCAAGCUCUGUCAAGUUGGUUGUUGAUCAUUGCUAGACAGUCAUUUUCAAGUCUAGUCAUAUAUUUUCAAGUCGAUUUAAGUCAAAACUAUAACUAGGCCACUCAGGAACAUUCAAUGGUAAGCAACUCCAGUGUAUAUUUGGCCUUGUGUUUUAGAUUAUUGUCCUGCUGAAAGCUGAAUUUGUCUCCUAGUGUCUCUUGGAAAGCAGACUCAACCAGGUUUUCCUCUAGGAUUUUGCCUGUACUUGGCUCUAUUUCGUUUUCUUUUCAUCCUAAAACAACUCCCUAUUCUUGCUGAUGACAAGCAUACCCAUAACAAGAUGCAGCCACCACCAUGCUUGAAAAUAUAAGGAGUGGUACUCAGUGAUGUGUUGGAUUUGCCCCAAACAUAACUCUUUGUAUUCAAUUUUUUUGCACUUUUCCUUUAGUGCCUCACUCUGUCCAUUAGGUUAGUAUUGUGGAGUAACUACAAUAUUGUUGAUCCAUCCUCAGUUUUCUCCCCAAAAAACAAAAAACUCUAUAAUUUAAAAAAAGUAACUAUUGGCCUCAAGGUGAAAUCCCUGAGCAGUUUCCUUCCUCUCUGGUAUUGGAGUUUGGAGGAUGCAUGUGUCUUUGUUGUGACUGAGUGUAUUGAUACUAUCACGUUGGUAUGAAGAGAUUCGGGAGACAGGCGCAGGAAUGCGUAAUAGUUUUUUAAAAUUAAGCCCAAAUUACAGUGUGCCGUGUAAAGGCACGGGAACGAAGACCAAAUAAACACGUAACAAAACACAGGGUAGAAACCCAAAACAAAAGAGCGAGGAGUACCUCGAAUAAAUAACACAUGCGCAUAAUGAUUAACACACGGGAUGAGACCUGUAAUCAUCUGCACAAUCCACAAUGGCACAAAACACACAGCACAGGUACUCACACGCACCAACGGACAUUGGAACAAUAAUGGACAGCCCAAACCAAAGCGCACACUUAUACAAGUACUAGUCAGUGGGAAUAGGGGACAGGUGUGCUUAAUGAAAAUUCCGGAGGGAUCCGUGACAGAUACACCAUCCAAAGUGUAAUUAGUAACUUCACAAUUCUCAAAGGGAUAUUCGAUGUCUGCUUUUUUACACAUCUACCAAUAGGCAAUCUUCUUUGCAAGGCAUUGGAAAACUACCCUGGUCUUUGUGGUUGAAUCUGUGUUUGAAAUUCACUGCUCAACUGAGGGACAUUAUAGAUAAUUGUAUGUGUGGGGUACAGAGAUGAGGUAGUCAUUCAAAAAUCACGAUAAACACUUUAUUGUACACAGAGUGAGUCCAUGCAACUUAUUAUGGGACUUGUUAAGUAUAUUUUUUCUCCUGAACUUAUUUUGGCUUGCCAUAAUAAAGAGGUUAUAUACUUUUUGACUCAAGACAGUUUAGCUUUUAAUUUUUUAUUCAAUUGUAAAAAUGUCUAAAAACAUAAUUCAACUUUGACAGUAUUUUGUACAGGCCAUGCACACAAAAUAUAAUAUGAAUCCAUUCUAAAUGCAGGCUGUAACACAACAAAAUGUGGAUAAAGUCAGGGGUGUGAAUACUUUCUGAAGGCACUGGAUGUCCUGAAGUUGCUUACCAAGACAACAUUGAAUGUUCCUGAGUGGCCUAGUUACAGUUUUGACUUAAAUCUGUGUAACGCUCGUCGUAAUCCUCCUCGUCUGAGGAGGAGCAAGGAUCGGACCAAAGCGCAGCGUGGUUUGAAUACCUAAUUUAAUUAUUUAGACGAAGAUGAAAAAACACUUGACAAAAUACAAAACAAUAAACGACGUAAACGAACGAAAACAGUACCGUGUGGCGAACAAACACAGACACGGCAACAAUCACCCACAAACAAACAGUGAAAACAGUCAACCUUAAUAUGGUUCCCAAUCAGAGACAAUGACAAACACCUGCCUCUGAUUGAGAACCAUAUUAGGCCAAACAAUAAACCCAACAUAGAAACACAUAACAUAGAAUGUCCACCCAGCUCACGUCCUGACCAACUAAACAAGACUGAAUAAAGGAAAUAAGGUCAGGAACGUGACAAUCUGCUUGAAAAUCUAUGGCAAGACCUAAAAAUGGCUGUCUAGCAAUGACUAACAUCCAACUUGAGAGAGCGUGAAGAAUUGAAAAAAGAAUGACAUGCAAAUAUUGUACAAUCCAGGAGUGGAAAGCUCUUAAGAGACCCAGAAAGACUCCCAGCUGUAAUUGCUGCCAAAGGUGAUUCUUGACCCCAAAGGGGGUUGAAUACUUAUCUAAUCAAGAUAUAUUAGUGUUUUAUUUUUUAUAAAGUUUUUACAAAUGUUUUUUUUAAUCCACUGACAUUACAGACUAUUUGGGGUAGAUCAUUGACAAAAAAUUACAAUGAAAUCCAUUUUAAUCCCACUUUGUAAUACAACAACAUGUGGAAAAAGUCAAGGGGUGUGAAUACUUUCUGAAGGCACUGUCAAUCUUUAGUGACAGAAGGAAUUUCAAGAGUUACCAUACCCGGUCACAGGGAUGGCUAUCUCGUACUUCUAUAGGUUAAUAACGAUGUUAGGUUGUUGUAAUGUUACAUGCACGCACACACACACACACACACACACAAGCAUGUGCACGCCAUUCAGUUCAGAGUUGUGUUGGAUCCGGGAUAGCAUGUGACUGCCUGAGAUCAGAGACUAUCAACAGAAUAAACACAAGAGACGUUAAAUCUUUACCCGGAGGAAAUUACCUGUAAUACUCUGCCAAGACUAAUGGACACUCCAGCCAGGACAGUCUAAUGGGACUGGCACAUUGCUGAGCUUUGGAGGAAAGUUAAGAGGACCUCAGAUCCAUAAGAGUCUAUUUAUAGAGAGCCAUGAGGUCAUCAUCUCCUUGAUGUUUGAUUGGGUUACUGUUGUAGUCGGGAUGGUGUUUAAUGACAUUGAAGGGACGAUGUUUAAAUGAACAGACAGAAACUGGUUAAACUGUAGGAUGAAACUCUGGACUUAAACCAUCAGCCUCGAUCAUUGCAAGGUCUUAGAAUAGCUGAUCAUGGUGUUUCUGUCUGUUAUAUAACUAUCAACCUGCCCAAGCUAGUAGACAUAUCUGAAAUAUAACAUAUCAAAAGUUUUGACUUAUUCUCCUAACAAUAUUUGUUGUGAUCAUUGUUUUUGUUGAUGCUACAAAAGUAGUGAUUAAAGUUAUGAUACUCAAUCAGUGUUGUUAAUAAGCUAGAUAUUCCCCUUCUACAGUGCAACUUUUGUGUUAUAUCCCAUAUGGGUACUUUAUAUUCUGUGUCUUAAUACAGAGAUCUCUAUAGCUGAUUAAAGAGAGCUGAGAAAGUUGCUCCGCCAUUGUCAUCCACCCAUAGCACAGAGAGCUCUGAUCCAGAGGCACAGCAGGCUAAUGAGUGUGUCAUUAAGAGAGGAGGUGCUAGAAUACUGAUUAUUUUACUCCCACUCAUAAACUUAGAAUAGUGUAUGUAUGCUUUUCUUACUGUAAGUACAGAGGGCAAUGUUUGUGAGGCAAAUGUAAGGAGAUUUAUGCUUUUCUUACUGUAAGUACAGAGGGCAAUGUUUGUGAGGCAAAUGUAAGGAGAUUUGUUUUUGAAAUAAACAACACAAUG